CUCAGUAAUAACAACACUGCGUCGUCGGGUUGUCAGAAGAGGUGCUGGUAACAAGUGUAUGGAAUUCAAAACAAGAUGGCGUCGACAAAAAUGUCUAUUUCUUCUAUUAGCGGCAGCACAGCAUGGGCGCCGCAGCAGACGAAGCAAGGACUGGGGAUGGGCAUGACUGGGUUCUUCCUGAUUGCCCAGAUGGCGGGGGCUGGCUUCCUCGCCCUCCCCAGAGCCCUCGCCAACACAGGAUGGCUGGGGAUUAUUAUGAUGCUGCUGUUCUGCAUGAGUGUGGCCUUUGUGGGGACGAGGCUAGGCAGAAGCUGGGUUAUCCUGGAGGAGAGGUGGCCGCAGGAGUACCAUGGAGGCGUGAGGCAGCCUUACAUGGACAUAGCAGAGAGGUCAUUAGGAUAUGUGGGCAGACAGAUAGCUAUGUGGUCAGUGGUUCUCAAUCUCUACGGGAGCACGACAGUUCACAUCAUUCUAAUCUCCCAAAUGCUGGCAGCCGUCGUGCAAGCAGAGACUGACUUUUGCCUGACCAAAUGCCACGUUAUCCUCAUCGUGGGCUUCUGUCUCAUCCCCCUCACGUGGCUAGGAUCGCCUAAAGACUUCUGGCAGGCGUCAAUACUGGCAGUGGUGGCGACGCUGAUGGCUGUGGUGGUGAUAGUGGUGCAAAUAUUCCUCAGUGAAGAUACUCUGGAUCCACCACAGUACUCAAACCCAACCGUGGCGUCCUUCUCUUUAGGGUUUGGGUCGAUACUGUUUGCCUUUGGGGGAGCAGCUGUCUUCCCCACCAUCCAGAACGACAUGUCUGAUCGCUCGCAGUUUUGGAAGAGUGUUAUCAUUGGGUUCAGCGGUAUACUCUCUCUUUACCUUCCCGUGGCCUUGGUUGGGUACAUCGAGAUAGGAGAUGCAGUGGACAGCAAUAUCCUCCUGAGCGUUGGCAUAACAAACAUAGUGGUGGUGGCAAUAGCGAUGGAGAUAAUCAACCUUCUUUGCACCUUCAUCAUCAGCUCAAACCCGGUGUUCCAGUCCAUUGAGGAGGUGUUCAGGGUGCCCAAACGUUUCGGUCCACGUCGCGUCGUGUUGAGAACUGCAAUGGUGUUAGUCCAGAUGGUGAUUGGUUUGGCUGUUCCUAACUUCGACAAGAUUCUUAACCUGAUUGGCGGGUCCCUCAUCACACUGUGCACCUUUGUCUUGCCGCCUGUGAUGUACAUGAGACUUGUGGAGGACAGAAGUGACAAGUCCUGGCCGCAGAGAACGAUUCCUUUGUGGGAGAAGGUUUACCUGAUAGAGAUCAUCUGCGUGGGGCUGUGUGGGGGAAUCUUAUCCACAAUCACCUCCGCAUACGAAUUAAUAAACCCAACGGGGGAAGGUGACGUCUCCUGUUUCUCGAGCUUCAGUAAGUGUGGGGUCGAGUAGGACAGAUUAGCAUGUGUCAGUGUCCGUGUAUGUGUGUUCAGAACUCUGGUGCUCUCUGGUGCUGUGUGUUAAGGACGUGUUAUGAGAAAGACAAGAUUUUUAAAGGAAUUGUAGUUAUAACUCGUAUGCGUUAGGAACGCUGAAAGAGUUGUGUGGCAAGAAAUGUUUGUGGUCAUAAUUCCGUUGGGUGUGUGUGUGUGUGUGUGUGUGUGUGUGUGUGUGUGUGUGUGUGUGUGUGUGUGUGUGUGUCUGUGUUUGCAAGGGGAAAGCGGAAGAAGAUGAGUUUUUGUAAGAUCAGGUAUCAGGAAGAGUGAAGAAAGAAGGAGGAGGAGAAGGAGAAGGAGGAGGAGGAACAGGAGGAGGAAGAGAAAAAGACGGAUAAAAAAUACUUGAGCGUGUGGGGUGAAAGUUGAGGAGCAGGAGGAGGAAAGAGGGAAGAUGAGAAGGACGAGAUGGAGAAAGGUUAAGAAAACAGAGAAGAAAGAAGGAGGAGGAGAAAGAAAGAAUGAUGGAAU